AUGUCCUGGUUUGCGGAGUUUGCCGGCAAAGCGGAAAGCUUCCUGAAUCAAGUCGACCAAGGCGCAGCCACCGCCUUAAGCAAAGGUCACAACAAAACAUCCUCCCUGGCGUCAUAUUACGAUGGAGACAGCGCGAUGGUCCAUCCUGAAUACAAGGCGGAAACCGGGGAAAUGUCUCAUCACGCGUCAAGCUUCAUCUCUUCAGCGGCUGGCAACAUCAAGAAGUCUGCUCCUGCGACAGCUUCGGCCCACAAACAAGCACUGGGCAGAACUUCUAAGGCCCCGCCCUCUGCCUCCUCCUCUUCCUCCGCCUCGUCAGGCUUUGUGAAGCGCAAAAAGAGUGCGCAUGAUGUGGACGAUGAUAUGCUCUUUGACUUCUUGAAUAGUUCAGAGCCGCCAGUUAGUGUAAGACGCGACUCCAGGCGUGAUGCCAACAUGAAAGGGGGAAUCGCAGAGGCUAAAACUCCAACUCCUACGCCUCCUGCCGCUGGCCCUUCAGUUUCAUCCAAGUCACCCCGCCACGCCGACGUGUCCGGGUCAUCUAGCCUCGACUCGCUGUCUGUUCACAGCAUGAAAACAUCAGAGGACAGUUCAGAGAAAGAGCAAAGCCAAGCCAGUCCAGACUCAACUGAGAACUUGGACUCGGGCUUGGCUGCCCCUCAGGAUUCUGGCCAACAGGAGUCGUGCGGUCCUUCAGAGGAGGCACAGGGCCAGGUUCUGUCCAGCCUGCGUCUGGAGAACCAACUCCUACGUAGUGAGGUGGCCUCCCUCAACCAGGAAAUGGCUUCGAUCAUUCAGAGAUCAAAGGACAUGCAAGAAGAACUGAACCACGCACGGCUGCGUGUUGACGAAAGGAACUCCGAGCGGUCUCAAAGCGACCGUGCUCUGCGGGGUAUGCGCUCGCAGGUGGAUGACCUGAACGAGGCGCUGGCCGCCAAAGACGGGCAGCUUGCCGUGCUCAAGGUCCGACUGGACGAGGCCGACCAGCUGCUGAGAAGCCGCAGCGUGGCGCUGGAAGAGGCGCAGAAGGAAAAGUCCAGAAUCUUGGAGGACCACACAGAAGGCAGCACUUUGCACUCCCAAGCUCUGGAGACCGUGCAGGAAAGGCUGCGGGAAGCCGAGCAGAACAUCAGGAGAGAGGCGGACAACUAUCGACAAAUGCAGAGCGAAUAUGCCAGCCGGCAGUCACGGCUGGAGAGCGAGCGGCAGAGCCUGGCCGAGGCGUUGACAGCGGCGGAGAGGCGCGCCACAGAGGAGAAGCUUCAGGUGGACAGCCUCCAGCAGCAGCUAAGGAGUGCCAAGAACGCCGCCGAGAGCGCCAAGCAAGAGUUGCAGGACUACAAGCACAAGGCCUCGCGCAUUCUACAAUCCAAAGAGAAGCUGAUCAGCAGCCUUAAGGAGGGCUCCAGUCUGGACACGCUGGACGGCAGUGGUGCCGCCGCUGUGGAGAUAGAGGAGUUGCGGCACGAAAAGGAGCUACAGAGAGAGGAGAUUCAAAAGCUGCAAGGCCAAUUACACUCGGUCCGGACUGAAUUACAGGAUUUAGAGAGCCAGUCCCUGGCCGAAGCGGAAACGUGGCGGCAGCAGACUGCGCAAUUUGAGGAACAGACGGCAGCAUUGAACCGUGUCAGACAGGAGCUGGAAGCCGAGGUGGAUCGGCACAAACAGGAGCUGCACUAUGUGGAGGAGGAGCAGAAUCGUACUAAAAGCACAUUGCAGAGCCGGAUCAAAGACAGAGAAGAUGAAAUUCAAAAACUGAGAAAUCAGUUGACCAACAAGACACUGAGCAACAGCAGCCAAACGGAGCUGGAGAACCGCCUGCACCAACUGACUGAGACGUUGAUCCAGAAGCAGACCAUGCUGGAGGCUUUGGGCACGGAGAAAAGCUCGCUUGUCUUCCAGCUGGAGCGCCUGGAGCAGCAGCUCAAGAAUACCCAGGGGGGUCCGAGCACAGGGGGGCCAGCUAUCAACAUGAGCGGCAUCGAGGGGCCAGGAGCCAGACAGAGAAACAUUCCGGUGCUUUUCAGCAAUGAAGACGGUUCUGGCGUAUAUGGGAAAGUGCAAAAGGCUGCCAGCACUAUUGACCGCUUCAGCAUCAGACUUGGGAUCUUCUUGAGGCGCUACCCAAUGGCCAGGAUUUUUGUCAUCUUGUACAUGGUGGUGCUGCAUCUUUGGGUGAUGAUUGUGCUCCUGACUUACUCUCCAGAAAUGCAUGAAGCCCACCCCGAUGGAAGCUAG